AUGUCCUACACCUCCUACGCUGAAGCGCGCAUGUCACACAUGUUCCGCCCAACCCCGCGCAAAGCCCUACGGCCCCCAACCCGACAACUCGCCCUACGCCCCGACCACAUCGCAUCUGCCAACGCCGCCCUCGUCCUUAAACCCGGCCGCGACGACAGCGCGGAGGUGGGCUACUGCAUCGAACAGGAAGAUGGCACGCCCGUGUACACAGUCACCGGUCGCAAAUUCGGCGAUCGGACCAGCCGCGAAUUUCGCGAUGAGUCGGGGUUGCCUUUGUUCGAGAUUCAUCGGUGGGCAGUGCUUUCUGUGCCGUUUUAUUGGUAUUUGACGCUGCCCGGAAGUGAUCGGAAGGCGAGGAUUGCGACGGUGGAGUCGCAGACUUCGUUGAAGGGGGGUGAUUUGAAGGUUUCGUUUGAGAAUAUUGCGUAUAACCCGGAUACUAAGGACAAGGGUGAAGCGCAGAAAGGCAUCACGCUUAUGGUGAGGCGGCAUGGGGAGGCGUUAAGGCUUUUUGAUAUUGUGGAUGGGGAUCGGAGGGUUGGCGAGGUGCGUGAGAGUAUUCGGUUUAAUGAGAAGUUGUUCUUGACGAAGAAGUCGAGGCGUCAGGGGGCGCGGCCGGCGAUGGAGAUUGUGGUUGUGCCGGGUGUGGAUGCAUCUCUGGUGGCAGCCAUCGCAGUGAUCCUGUCGGACUGGUAUUUUGGGAGCGGCUAA